UGUUUUUUAGAUAAUUUUAGAAUAUGUGGCCUUUGCAAAUUUAACUAGAAAUUUGAGAUUUGUGUGACAUUAUUAAUACCUCACAAAAUUUAUCCUUAUUGUUACUGAGUAAAAUCAACUAGCUAGUUGUGUAAAAUCUAGCUACAGCCAUAUACCUUGUUGGGCUUAAUUUUCUGCAUCAAAAUAAUGUUUGUGUUAGAUGAUUUCUAAAGUGUUUUUCUGUUUACAAUUUUUGUAUCCUUCAUCUAAUAAAUUUUUCCAAAUUAUUUUUCAUGUAGUACACACAUGGUCUUCUGAAGAAGCCAUGGGUAGCUGUUGUAGCUGUCCAGAUAAAGACACUGUCCCAGAUAACCAUCGGAACAAGUUUAAGGUCAUUAAUGUGGAUGAUGAUGGGAAUGAGUUAGGUUCUGGCAUAAUGGAACUUACAGACACAGAGCUGAUUUUAUACACCCGCAAACGUGACUCAGUAAAAUGGCACUACCUCUGCCUGCGACGCUAUGGCUAUGACUCGAAUCUCUUUUCUUUUGAAAGUGGUCGAAGGUGUCAAACUGGACAAGGAAUCUUUGCCUUUAAGUGUGCCCGUGCAGAAGAAUUAUUUAACAUGUUGCAAGAGAUUAUGCAAAAUAAUAGUAUAAAUGUGGUGGAAGAGCCAGUUGUAGAAAGAAAUAAUCAUCAGACAGAAUUGGAAGUCCCUAGAACACCUCGAACACCUACAACUCCAGGAUUUGCUGCUCAGAACUUACCUAAUGGAUAUCCCCGAUAUCCCUCAUUUGGAGAUGCUUCAUCCCAUCCUUCAAGCAGACAUCCUUCUGUGGGAAGUGCUCGCCUGCCUUCAGUAGGGGAAGAAUCUACACAUCCUUUGCUUGUGGCUGAGGAACAAGUCCAUACCUAUGUCAACACUACAGGUGUGCAAGAAGAGCAGAAAAACCGAAUAAGUGUGCAUGUUCCAUUGGAGGCAAGGGUUUCUAACGCUGAAAGCAACACACCAAAAGAAGAACCAAGUAGUAUUGAAGACAGGGAUCCUCAGAUUCUUCUUGAAUCUGAAGGGGUCAAAUUUGUUUUAGGGCCAACCCCUGUUCAAAAGCAAUUAAUGGAAAAAGAGAAACUGGAGCAACUUGGAAGAGAUCAAGUUAGUGGAAGUGGAGCAAAUAACACAGAAUGGGACACUGGCUAUGACAGUGAUGAACGAAGAGAUGCACCCUCUGUUAACAAACUGGUGUAUGAAAAUAUAAAUGGGCUAUCUAUCCCUAGUGCCUCAGGGGUCAGGAGAGGUCGUCUGACAUCCACCAGUACCUCAGAUACCCAGAAUAUCAACAACUCAGCUCAGAGAAGAACUGCAUUAUUAAACUAUGAAAAUCUACCAUCAUUGCCUCCUGUUUGGGAAGCCCGCAAGCUAAGUAGGGAUGAAGAUGACAAUUUAGGACCAAAGACCCCAUCUCUAAAUGGCUACCAUAAUAAUCUAGAUCCAAUGCAUAACUAUGUAAAUACAGAGAAUGUAACAGUGCCGGCAAGUGCUCACAAAAUAGAAUAUUCAAGGCGUCGGGACUGUACACCAACAGUCUUUAACUUUGAUAUCAGACGCCCAAGUUUAGAACACAGGCAGCUUAAUUACAUACAGGUUGACUUGGAAGGUGGCAGUGACUCUGACAACCCUCAAACUCCAAAAACGCCUACAACUCCCCUUCCACAAACCCCUACCAGGCGCACAGAGCUGUAUGCCGUGAUAGACAUCGAGAGAACUGCUGCUAUGUCAAAUUUGCAGAAAGCACUGCCACGAGAUGAUGGUACAUCUAGGAAAACUAGACACAAUAGUACUGAUCUGCCCAUGUGAGCCUGGAAAGCAUUAUGUUGUUUGCACCUUUGUGAAGUUUUUAAAAAUGAAGAUGCAAGUGCUUCAUUUUCAUUUCUAAACACUAACUCCUUUUAUAGACUGAUAAAAUUUUUUCUGAAUAUUUCAUGUGCAUCUUUAACUAAAGGGAAUUAAUGUAGAGCAGGUACUCCUUAAAGAACACUAAUUUCAUUAUAUACUACUCAUUGUACAGCAGCAUUCCUGUUUUCACAGUGCCUAUUUAAAAUGAGAGUUGAAGUGAAUGACAUGCUGGUUGAUUUUUAUCAAUAUUAUGGACUUAUGCAUAUCUUUCAUGUCUAAGUCAUGCUUGGCUUUUAAAACUUUUUAUAAAGCCUCCUGACAAUGUGCAUUGCUAACAGAUAACUAUAGGCUUUGAGAGUAAUGCUCAUAGAUUCACUCUUCACAGUAUGUGGCCUCCAGCAUGUAACAUGAGGAAUUCUUUAUUUCAUUAAUUAAAGGCUUUUUGACUUGAGCCAAAACAGAAGUACCACACCUCCUCUAGUACCAGUCAGCUCCUUUGCCUUCAUUGUUACUAGAAAGAAGCCUGUGUCCAUGAAUAUGGUUUGCUGUUGGUGCAUUGAAAGGCAGGAAGGAGACAAGAUUUUCUAUUUACUCAUCUCAUGAUGUCAUUUGAAGGGCAUGUCCAGAUAUCUUACUCAGAAUUAUAAUAGGCUCAAGAAUUAGUCUCAGGUCACUUUACCCAAAAACAUUUGAAAAUCUGAACCACGAUCUCUUGGAAGUUUCUCUCCUAUAGAUUAUUGACAACAUAUUGUUUUCUGGAGGCAUUUGUGCCAUUAGGUUUUCAUUUGUCUUCGAUUUUUUCUUUGGUGUUCGGGAUAUCUUAUUUUUGUUGCCGUAUGUCCUUUUCAAUUUAAAAUGUUUGAGUUUGUAUAUAGUUUUGAAAUUGGACUAUGUGUUCAUUGUUGUUUAGUUUGCAUUUUUGUCAAAGUACGGUUUUGAAGGCUCAUUUGGAACUUACUGUUAUUCUAUAACAGGGUUGCCCUUGUCCAGUAUUUAUUUAUAUGCUGUUUACUUUUCAAGUUGAUAAAAACAGUUUCUCAAUUCUAAAUUUCCUGUGUCCAUAGGUGAUCUAUUUAGCAACUGAGAAAAAAAAGGAAGAUACUUUUAACAUGCAAAGUUCCCUCCAGGCGUACUGUGUUUUCUCCGUGGGCGCUCUCCCAGCACUUUAGCAGUAACUCCCCAGCUGCACGCUGCAGUCGUACUCUGCCUACUCUAGCGUUCCUCAGCUCUGCUGUCCUUUUCCUUGUAGCUGGAUCUUUGAUUAUCCUUUGAUUUCCAUGAAAUGUUAAUAUUGUUGCCAGCAUAGCAGGUACAGUGGAAGUCUUGUAGCAAUGAGAUUGUGUCACAAUUUAGGAUUUAAAAUGAGUUAAAGUUUAUAUAAAUUAAAGAGUCUCCAUAUGUCAAACUCUUGGAAAAUCAAAGAUGUUCCAAUAUCCUAAACACUAGAGAAUACGAGAGAAGGUAGAGUGGGAAAAGGUUAGAUAACCUUGCAAAAUAUUUUACUAUUUUCUCUAAAUAUGAGGAAGUUUGAGAUUAUGAUCUGGAUCUACCAGAUGUAACAAAGGUUAAUUUAGCAUGAAAAAGUUUUAGUCAUAUUAGCAUCCAUCCUAUUCAGUAAAUAAACAAAUCAUAGGACAGUGAUGGAUUAGCAGAACAAUAGAGUGGGAUCAUUAUAAAGAAAAUAAAUUAUUAAAGGUGUCUUUAUCGUUUUUAGUGCCAUAUUUAGUGUCUUUUUUGUAAAUCAGUAUCAGUGUCUUUUAUCAUUCUAUGUGCAUAGCAGGAUUUUCUUUUCCCCCUUUUGUUGCCCCAUGAACUUGGUGCUUAUUACAGUGUUCACUGUUCUCUUAAAAGAGAGCAGUGGUAUAGGUGUGCAGUUUCCCUGAUGCAGGUUCCAUUUUUAAUAUAUUGUUCCACUUAUUCUUUCUUCUAAGUAAAUUACUAAUUGUGCCAAAUUUAUGUAAUAGUUUUUGUAAUGUGAGAUAAGAAUUACAAUGGAACCAAUGCACAUAGUUUUUUCUGAAACAAGCAGUCAAGGCAGAACAUUAAUCUCCAAAUGAAAGGGCUGAUCUAUUUAUUCAUUUUGGAGGUUGGAUACUUUAUUCUUUCUUUCCGUCAUCCUUUUCAUUGUUUCCUUCAGAUUCUAAUUAGUUUUUCUUUUUUUAAGAUAACUCCAAUAUAAUCAUUGCUGUUAAUGCUUUAAAUACUAUGUGCUUUAAAAAUGAAAAUGGGACCAAUUUGUCUGCUAAGAAUUUGAUUUUAGGUACUAUAAGAGUAUUAGGAAGUUAUAUACGACUGGUGUUAAUUUCUAGUUGUCUUCUAGAAAUCACUUGUGUUCCUAUUUAAUAAAAGGUAAUUUAGAAUACUACUUGUCCUUUAGAGUAGUUUAGUAAUGGGCAUUAAGCUGUGUCCUGGAAGGAUGUACCUAUUAGUAGGUGCAUUUUAGAAUGAGAUAUUAAUAUUUUAUUAGCAUAUAAUUGUGGCCAUAUGUCUCUGAUUUUCUGAGGCAGAUCUAAUUUUAGAUAUUCUGUUAGUAGACCAUGUGAUCCUUCUUUUUGGUUUUGGAAAUAUAAUCACUGUUAAUGUUUUCCCUCCAAAUAGAAUACUGUUUUAUCCAUAUAAAUCAUAACAGCAUCUAUCCCAUGCCAGGGUUGGAAACUGAUAUUGGUAUUACCUGUGUUUUUUCUUUGUGUGUUUUAUUUCCCAGUUUCAUCUUCUUUUAAAAAUGAAAAUAUGGUGCCUUCCCUCCCUCCAGGAAGAUUGGCAAAUAGUUCCUUUUAUUUACUGCUGCUGUGGAGUGAUGAGAUAUGCACUUUACUCUUGAAGAUUCAGCAAAAAGCUUUUCACUUCCCAGUAUAUCCAGAAUACAUCACAUCUGGGACUUAGGAAAAUUUGCCAAGCAAUCCUUGUUUUUAUAGAUAUUAAUGUUGAUCCCCCCCAUUCAAUGUUAUAAGAACAAGUCAAGCUAGUGUUUGUUUAUCUCCUCUCCCUCCCCAAAACUGUGGCACAGCAUAUAAAAAUGUACCUCAAUAAUGUUCUAUUAAAAAUGGGACAGGGGCCUUAUGUUUUCAUAAUUUCCCAACAAUGUGCCACCAUAUUUUUGCCUCAAGGUAAAGGUUUUAACAGACUAAAAAGUACUUCCCAAUUCCCUGUGCUAUUUCUAACCUAUGAUGCCCAAGUGUUUUGUGCAAUGUGUAGUGUGUGUGUAUAAAUACAUAUAUUCUUGAAAUAGACAUACCAUCAGAGACAUCAUUCACAAGUAACUGAUGUAUUGGUAUCUCAUUCAUAUUUCUGAUGUGUGAGGUAUAUGGUACUAAUUACCUUUUCCUUGAUGUUUGCCAAAUUUGAAUAAAGACAUUGGUACGAAAUUACAGAAUGUAAAGAAAAUGUUUUUGGCUUGAAAAAUUAACAAAUAUUUUAUGACAUACCACAAUAUACUCUGCCCAAACCAGCACCCUAUCUAUCUUUCCUGUUCUUUACAUCCCUGUUCCCCAUCCCUACUUCCUCAUUUUUUGGGGGUAUAACAGUUCUUUUGUAGCAUCCUUAUAAUUGCAAUUCUAUGGCAAUUGGACAAUUAUAGCAUGGAAACAGACUGGUAUUAAUAGUACAGUAGUCACCAGUGUGCCACAUUUGCAUUAGUAAUGCAAAAUAUACAUUUUAUAAGGAACAAACUUUGUGUUAUGUUUUAUUUUCAUUACAUUGUAUAAUAUUGUAAGAUUAUUGUAUGUCCUAAUUUGCAUUAUAAAUGUUUUUUUCCUACGUAAAGGCAUAAAUAUAGCAACUUUGUAUAAAGGUAGCUUAUUAGAUUUUUAAUUUUUUCUUUUAUAAAAAAUGGUCUAACAGUGGGACUACCAUUGCCAAAUUGUACAUGAAAUAUGAAUUUUACCCCCAUGGUUAACUUCUUUUAUAAACAUUCCAUAUUUCUCUAAUAAAAGAUAUAAGUGAUACUAUACUAUGCAUAAAUUGUAUCUUAAUGCUGUUUCAGAUCAGCAUUUUAAAUUUUGGUUUGCAUUUUUACUAUUGGCAAAACGUAACCACUGUUAAUUAAAAUAAAACCUUGUAUAUGUAACAACAUAAUUUGCCCUCUAUCCCUUCCCACCCUUUGUUCUCUAUUUCUCCCUAUCAGUGCCAACUUCAUACAUUUUGUAGCAUGGCAAUAAAAUGUAACUUUUACACUGAGGCCGAGUGUGGCUUUUUGGAGGAAGUGGGGAUGGGAUGAUUGCUCUCUAGUUGUCCUUUGCAUAUGACUCUCUUUGCUGUAUAAGCCGUGUCAUCAGGCACGAAAAGUUCUCUCAUACACGAUGUAAACAUGCUUUUAAGGACAAGUGUGAAUGUGCUUUUAAACUUAAUUUUUGUCAUGACAACUAAUUUUUUUUUAUCUUUGGAGAAGUCAGAGUUCUUGAAGUACAAUCAAACUUUUAUUAACUGGAGUACUUUUAAUAAGCUAGUAAUUGAAUUUAGUUCAACAAGGGCUAAGCAACACAUUUUUAAAAUCCUUAUUUAUUAUAGAGUAUUAGUAUACUUUACUGUCCUACAAAUUAUGUAAAAUAUGGUUUAAUCUUAGAUGACUUAGGAUUUUGCAAUGCCUUACUGUUGUCAUUUUGGCAUAAAUAUCCAUGAUGAGGUACUCAAGUUGAUACUGGAAGCUGAGCUGACCAUACACUAACCUGAAGCAUUCAUGAAAAACUGCUUUGUUGAAUAAAGUCUGAUUGGAGUUCUUUUCAUGCUCACUUUCCCCUUAUUGCUGAAAGUAGAUUGCAAUAAAAACCCCAAUAAAAAGUUUGGUUGGAUAU